ACCGUUGAACAGAAAGUUUUAGUGUCACGUUCUGUUCUGGCUGCUCACUCGCUUCUCAACGACUCCCUUUGCGCACUUUCCUUCUUACUCUGAUCUCACCGUCCACCGACUAUGUCGGUCUCCGCCAGCCCGCCGGCCCUCCGAUCUCUCCGCCUGCCCCGACAUCCGGCUGCAGUUCCGCGGUUUACGAUGGCCGUUCGAUCGUCGGUCAUCUCCUCCGUGGGCCCGAUCUUGACCAAGUUGAAGCAAGACUGCGCUACGCCUUUGCCAAUCCUCCGCCACGUGGCCGACGCCAUGGCCGCCGACAUGCGCUCUGGGCUCGAGGCCGACGGCGGCGGCGAUCUCCCCAUGAUACUCAGCUUCGUCGAUAGUUUGCCAACUGGGAAUGAGAAAGGAUUGUUUUAUGCAUUGGAUCUUGGAGGAACCAACUUCCGGGUGCUGAGAGUGCAAUUAGGAGGAAUAGGCGAACGUGUAAUUGCAACUGAAUUUGAACAAGUGUCCAUCCCGCAAGAGCUUAUGUUUGGCACCUCUGAGGAGCUUUUUGAUUUUAUUGCUUCGAUGCUGUCAAAAUUUGUGGGGAAAGAAGGUGGACAAUUUUCCCUGCCUGAUGGAAGGAAAAGGGAAAUUGGUUUCACGUUUUCUUUCCCAGUAAAGCAGACAUCUAUCGAUUCUGGCAUACUGAUCAAAUGGACAAAGGGUUUUGCAGUCUCUGGAACGGCCGGAAAGGAUGUAGUAGCUUGUCUGAAUCAAGCUAUGGAAAGGCAGGGACUGGACAUGCGGGUUUCUGCCCUGGUCAAUGACACUGUGGGAACACUAGCAGGAGCAAGAUACUGGGAUGAUGACGUCAUGGUUGCCGUUAUUCUGGGAACUGGAACCAAUGCAUGCUAUGUAGAACGAGUAGAUGCUAUACCUAAGCUACAGGGCCACAAUUCUACAUCAGGAAGAACAAUUAUCAAUCUGGAAUGGGGAGCAUUUUCAAAUGGCCUUCCAUUAACUCAGUUUGAUAGGGAAAUGGAUGCUCAAAGUAUCAAUCCUGGGGAGCAGUCCUUUUCAUUCAUGCAACAGAUAUUUGAGAAGACAAUCUCUGGUAUGUACCUUGGUGAAAUUGUAAGACAAGUACUUGUAAAGAUGGAUGAAGUUGGUGCCUUAUUUGGCUCAUCUCUUCAUGAGAAGUUAAACACUCCAUUUAUGCUCAGGACCCCAGAUAUAUGUGCUAUGCAGCAAGACAGUUCCCAAGAUCUCGAAGCUGUUGAAUCGAUCUUACAUGAUGUGGCUGGGGUAAAAUCUGAUUUAAAUGCUAGGAAGAUAGUGUUGGAAGUUUGUGACACUAUCGUAAAGAGGGGCGGUCGAUUGGCUGGUGCCGGCAUUACAGGGAUACUUCAAAAGAUGGAGGAGGAUACACAGGGACUUAUCUUUGGGAAGAGGACAGUGGUGGCCAUGGAUGGAGGCUUGUAUGAGCAUUAUCCCCAGUAUCGAAGAUACCUCCAAGAUGCAGUCACCGAGCUUCUAGGACUAGGGAGGUCGAAGAACAUAGUCAUAGAACAUUCCAAAGAUGGGUCCGGGAUUGGAGCUGCUCUCUUGGCUGCUACAAACUCCAUGUAUGGACAGGAAUAUUAGAAACCAAAUGUUCACUUCAUCACGAAUAAAGGAUGCAAUGUUUGCUACAUUUUUCUCCUACUGUUUGGAGCCGUUUUGGAGAGAAUUAGCUUAGAUCUAAGGUCUAAGGCAGUUUGGAUCACAAACUCUGGGUUGAGAAUAAAGGGAAAUCAUGGGAAUUCUUUCAAA